CUAUCGGAGCAUCCUCAGGGAAAAGCAAGAAGCUAAACAAGCAAAAGUUUUCCCGAAGAGUCUACAUGGACGCAAAGGAGCAGCUCGUGUGACCCGACGGAGAGACUGACGGGAGGCUCUCUUCACACGGACAAAGAAUGAUAACAUAGGCGGCAUUUUGUUUGCUUUUUUCCGUGUGUGUGUGAGUGUGUGAGGGGACACGACAAGCUGAAGUGUGGGAAAGUUUUGAGGCAGGGCUAUGGCGCGGAGCGGAGACGCCGCCGGGAUGUCCGAAGCUCCCAAAGUCCAGAGGAAGAAGAAGAAGAAGAGCAAGGAGAACAAGACCAGGACUGUCCACACAAACUUACUGUACGACCUCUCCAAGGGGGAAGAAAACCCCAACAGACACUAUGCAAACAACAAGAUAAAGACCACCAAGUACACGGUGCUCUCCUUCCUGCCAAAGAACCUCUUCGAGCAGUUCCAUAGGUUCGCCAAUGUUUACUUUGUCUUCAUCGCUUUGCUGAAUUUUGUCCCGGUUGUCAACGCGUUCCAGCCCGAGCUGGCCCUGGCCCCCGUGGUGUUCAUCCUGUCAGUCACUGCCAUCAAAGACCUGUGGGAGGACUACAGGAGACACAGGUCGGAUAAAGAGAUCAACCACAUGGACUGUCUGGUCUUCAGCAGAGCGGAGAGACGCUAUUUGGAGAAAUACUGGAAGGAGGUGCGGGUGGGAGACUUCAUCAGGCUGCGAUGCAACGAAAUCCUCCCCGCCGACGUUCUGCUGCUGAGCUCCAGCGACCCUGACCGCCUGUGCCACAUCGAGACCGCCACACUGGACGGAGAGACCAACCUCAAGCAGAGGCAGGUCGUCCGCAGCUUCUUUGACCUGGAUUGUGAUUUCGACCCUUUAAAAUACAACAGCGUAAUUGAAUGUGAAAAACCCAACAAUGACCUGAACAGAUUUCGAGGCUACAUAAUCCAUCGAAGUGGCAGAAGAGAUGCACUUUAUAAAGAAAACCUGCUGCUGCGAGGCUGCACCAUCCGCAACACAGAGGAGGCCGUGGGUAUAGUCAUUUAUGCAGGUCACGAGACCAAAGCCAUGCUGAACAACAACGGCCCACGCUACAAACGCAGCAAACUGGAGAGACAGAUGAAUGUAGAUGUGUUCUGGUGUGUCAUCAUCCUGCUGGUCAUGUGCCUGUUUGCUGCUGUGGGUCACGGGCUGUGGAUGUUUCAGUACGGAGAUAAGAGACCUGUGUUUGACGUUCUCAGUCCAGAGGGGACAGACUUAUCACCAAUCAUGUCAGCCAUUUAUCUCUUCCUCACCCUGAUCAUCGUCUUUCAGGUGCUGAUACCCAUCUCCCUCUUUGUGUCGAUUGAGAUUGUCAAGAUCUGCCAAGUGUACUUCAUCCAUCAGGACAUGGAUCUGUACGACGAGGAGACAGACUCUCACCUGCAGUGCAGAGCUCUUAAUAUCACAGAGGAUCUCGGCCAGAUGCAAUACAUCUUCUCUGACAAGACGGGCACGCUGACGGAGAACAAGAUGGUGUUUCGCCGCUGCACUGUGGCAGGGGUGGAGUACUCCCAUGAUGCCAAUGCAAGAAGACUUGCUAUGUACCAGGAGAUGGAUUCUGAAGAAGAGGAGUGUACAUCUCACGGAGGCACCCUGCCCAGGCGGGACAGCGUAGCCAGCCACCACAGCGCCCCGGUGGUGCUGCGAUCCCAGAGCACCAAGUCCCAUCGCAGGACGGGCAGCAGAGCGGAGGCCAAGCGAGCCAGCAUCCUGUCCAAGCACACGGCCUUCAGCAGCCCCAUGGAGAAAGAUAUCACCCCCGACCCCCAGCUCCUGGACAAAGUCAAUGAAUGCAGCAGUCAGAUGGACUUCAUGCGCUUUCACAGCCAGCCAAUGUCCCAGCUGCCCUCUGACCUCUCAGAUGUCAUUGAUUUCUUUAUCGCUCUCACCAUCUGCAACACGGUGGUGGUGUCCUCCCCCAACCAGCCCAGGCAGAAGGUCCGCAUGAGGUUUGAGCUGAAGUCCCCGGUCAAGACCAUUGAGGACUUUAUCAAACGCUUCACUCCCAGCCGCUUGACGUCAGGCUCCAACAACAGCAGCUCCUCCAGUCUCAUCACAAACCGCUCCUCCAAUAAGGGCUGCUCCAGCAUUCUGUCCUCCCCCUCUGCAGAGAGCACGCUCACCAAGCUGGAUGAGGAGCACUCUCGCGGAGGCCUGGACCACACCUUCAGCCCCGCCCCGCCCUCUUAUGACGGUAAGGUGUUGGGCCUGGAGGAAGGUGAGCUACGCUACGAGGCGGAGUCGCCUGACGAGGCCGCGCUUGUCUACGCAGCCAGGGCUUACAAAUGCUCCCUCGUUGGACGCCUCCCCGACCAGGUGACCGUGGAACUGCCGCACCUGGGGAAGCUGAGCUUUGAGCUCCUGCACACGCUGGGCUUCGACUCCACCAGGAAGCGCAUGUCUGUGGUGGUGAGACAUCCUCUGACGGAUCAGAUCACUGUGUACACUAAAGGAGCAGACUCUGUCAUCAUGGACCUCAUCAAACCUCCCAGCACAGGUAACACCAAAGGGAAACGGCAGAAAAAGAUCGUCUACAAGACCCAGAACUACCUGAACCUUUAUGCUGCAGAUGGCCUUCGCACACUGUGCAUUGCGAAAAAGAUCCUGAGCAAGGACGAGUAUGCCUGCUGGCUGCAGCGUCACCUGGAGGCUGAGACGGCCAUUCAGGGAAGAGAGGAGCUGCUCUUUGAGUCGGCCCUGCGCCUAGAGACGAACCUCCAUCUCUUAGGGGCGACAGGAAUUGAGGACCGUCUGCAGGAUGGCGUGCCUGAAACUAUAGCUUCUCUGAGGAAGGCUGGCCUGCAGAUAUGGGUGCUGACAGGCGACAAACAGGAAACGGCUGUAAAUAUAGCCUAUGCCUGCAAGCUGCUAGACCCUGAGGAGGAGAUCCUGACACUCAAUGCUGAUUCUCAGGAGGGAUGUGCGUUGUUGCUGGAGGAGAGUUUACACUACAUCCAGACCAAAUUCCUCUGCAGUGCUUCAGACCACGCUGCCAAGGCCUUCCAAGCUAACUUUGCACCCUUUGAGAUCUAUCCCUCUUCAUCUACGUCGUCCUCUUCAUCCUCCCACACCAUUCCCUUCAUGGUGCACCGGUUGGGUCUGGUUAUUGACGGGCGGACCUUGGCCUAUGCCCUGGAUAAGAGUUUGGAGGAUAAGUUCCUGGCUGUAGCAAGGAGCUGCCGCUCAGUUCUCUGCUGCCGCUCCACACCGCUGCAGAAGAGCAUGGUGGUCAAACUGGUGCGGAACAAGCUGAAGGUCAUGACUCUGGCCAUAGGUGACGGGGCCAAUGAUGUCAGCAUGAUCCAGGUAGCGGACGUGGGCGUGGGGAUCUCGGGACAGGAGGGCAUGCAGGCAGUGAUGGCGAGCGACUUUGCUCUUCCACGUUUCCGGUAUCUCCAGAAGCUUCUGCUGGUCCAUGGACACUGGUGCUACUCCCGGCUGGCCAACUUGAUUCUAUAUUUCUUCUACAAAAAUGCAAUGUUUGUAGCGCUCAUCUUCUGGUAUCAGUUCUACUGUGGAUUCUCGGGUUCAGCCAUGAUUGAUCAGUGGUAUAUCAUCUUCUUCAACCUGAUGUUCUCUGCCUUUCCACAACUCGUCACUGGCACUCUGAACAAAGACGUGUCAGCAGAGACUCUCCAACAACUACCUCAGCUCUACGUGACCGGCCAGAAGUCUGAGGAAUAUAAGCCAUAUAUGUUCUGGAUGAACAUGAUUGACGCCUUCUACCAAAGUCUGGUCUGCUUCUUCAUUCCUUACUUUGCCUACUCUGACUCUGAUGUGGAUCUGUUUACAUGGGGAACUCCCAUCACUACCCUCGCCUUAAUCACCAUUCUGCUGCACUUGGGCAUUGAGACCAAAACAUGGACCUGGAUGAACUGGCUGUCGAUCGGCUUCAGUGUUGCCUUAUUCUUCACUGUGGCUCUGUGCUACAACGCCUCCUGUCCCACCUGCUACUCCCCCUCUAACCCAUACUGGACCAUGCAGAGGCUGCUGCAGGACCCUCUCUUCUACCUGCUCUGUGUCAUCACACCUGUAACAGCGCUGCUGCCCAGAUAUUUCUACAGGGCGUGUCAAGGCACGCUGUUUCCCAGCCAGGUUCAAGUUGGAAGGCAGUUGGAUAAACUCCCCACUGAAACCCGCAGGAACAUCCUCAGCCUGAGCAGGGUCAAGAUGGGGUCACCGCUCGGCCCCAAGCCUCCCUUCCUGUCCCUCACCAAGCCCUCCCCUGAAGGUUGCAAUAAAAAUGACCAGAGGAGCUUCUCAAGCUCCAAAAUAUCCCUGGCCAAUGAGGGGCCCGUUUUACAAGCAGAUGAAGAAAAGGGCCAGAGGAGCCCACUGGGGCCCACAGACUUUGAGAAGGGCCUCUCAAAUAUCUACACAUUAGUUCCUACAGGGAUAGACACUCCUCCUUACACCAAAGAAGCUCCUCCACUCUCGGAGGAGCAGCAGCAUACUUCCACCAAAGACUGUCUCGAUAAGACUUUAGAGCCUUCAAAUCAGAGUCUCUCCAGCUGGAUCACCUCCACGCCUCUGCUCACACAAACAGACAGCGUCCAGCUGACUCUGCCCCCUGACGGAGGCUCGCAGUGCGUGAAAUACACAAGGAACUCAGAGGAAGGGCUCCAGCCUGACCACACCAUUCAUCCAGCACACAGGACAGAGCAGACGGCAGAGCAGUCGCUGCACAUCAGCUUGUGAUUGUCUGAGGGUCUUAAGUAUGUUAUCUCAAACUCCAAUUUGCACGAUUAGUUUUUUUAAAUCUAAUUUUAUUGUAUUUUUCAAGGAGAAUCUUUUAUAAAAGAUAGUAAUAGGUACUUUAUAUUGUGGAUGUUUAAAGCCAAAGAUAUUUCUGAGCUUUGGGAGAUUGAAGAACUGGAAUAUCUCCCAUUUUUGUUUUCUUUUAUCUUGGGAAAAUUUUAUUUCACAAAGAUGCACCUCAGUACAGGUUUUAAAGUAGAGAAAGACGAGUGGCGUACAGACAUUCCACCAUUGGGUAUUUGGGAGUUUGUUUUCUCUCUGAUAUGGUACCCUGUUCGUUCUUUCAGCUUGGCCUGUAAAACGAAAUAAGACCUGGACCAGAUGCCACUGUGGCCUUAUAUCAGUGUUGUAAUACCAGAGGACAGAUAUUUUAUACAUCUCCACAGAAACACUUUGGAUUUCUUGUGCGAGGAUUUCCCUGAAAGUAAGAGUUUUAUUUUUACAUACGUCAACAAAUAGUGGCAUUAGUUCAGUGCACAUUUGUUGCUGGAUUUUUUUUUUUUUGCUAAGAUUAGGAUGCUGAAAAGUGUGUUCAUAUUUUAUGUCUAACAGUACAUUCCACUGAAUGAUGAGAGAUGUAGGCUUUAAAUUUAAUCCCAUUCAGAGGGUAUACCGAGAAAUAAUCAUUUCAGCAAAACUCUACCAGAAAUGAUGCUUCUGUGUGUGUGUGUGUGUGUGUGUCUGUCUGUGUGUCUGAGUGUGUGUGUGUGCGUGUGUGUGUGUGUGUGUCCGUGUGUCCAUUGACUCAUUGAAUCUGUUUCAACAGUUUCAGCCAGUUUCAUUUAGUAGUUUUGACAUUUCAGGAAAUAUGUGUAUUUGUUUUCUUACCAAGAGUUAGAUGACAAGAUUGAUGCCACUUUUUUUUAUCUGUCCAUUAGCUCGGCUAGCUGUUUACCCCAGUUCCAUCUUUAAUGCCAAGCUAAGCUAACCAGCUAACUGGUACCAAGCAAUUAACCUGUAUCCAGCAGACAGUUAGCUUAGCAUAAAGCCCAGAAAACAGAGGGAAACUGCUAGCCUGGAUAGCAGCCAGAAAAGAACUGCAGUCUUGUUGUCAUUGUGAUAGUGGCAGAAAACCAUUGAACACUCAAUGGUCACUGCAUUCUGCUGAGAAACUGUCCAUCAUAUAUCACCUGUUAAGUCACAAAAUGUUGUUUUUAUAAUUCACUGUUUAUAUGGAUCAAGCGAACAAAAUACAGUGUCAUUCAGUUAGCUUUUGAGUUGUUGCUCAGCUGUUUCCAGUCCAGCCAUGCUAAGCUAACUGUAUCCAAGCUAUACCUUCAUAUUUAGCACAAAGGAAUUGAGUGGCAUCAAUCUUAUCUAAUUCUCAAUCAGAUUGAAAUUUCGCAAAUUUCCCAGCAUGUCAUACUCGUACAGAAGGUUGCACUGUACAACAAACUGCAAUCACACAUUUCAUAAAACCAGUUGACUUGAAGGUCCCUUUCUAAACAGCUUAUCUCAUGCAUUUUUUUUCCUGCUAGUGUUCAGCUGUAAAAACCAAAACCCCGAUGGUGAAAGGAGGUUUUAACCAAACGUAAAGGAUGCCGCUCUCAGAUUUAAAUUAGCACUUUUUGCAUAAUUUGAGAAGUACCAAUGAGUGUUGUCGGACCAAUGAGUGUUGUCGGUGCUAUUGACGUGUGCAGUGCUCAGAUACAGUAUGAAAAGGAUGGCAAGUUUUAUUCACUUCACACUUGCAAACAUCAGUUGUCUUCCUCAAGAACACUAGUCUGGAAAUUUGGAAAGACGCUAUAUUUAGUUUGAUAGUUUCGCCUUUAAAGCAGCAGCACCUUUAAUAUGUUAUGAUUGUUGUAUCCAAUUGCAGUACAUUUUUGUAUAGAGUAUCAUUUACCAAAGAUCAUUUAUAUUUCCGUAUUUUCUAAGCAAUAGUACAUGCAUUUACACUGGAUAAGAAAUUACAAAUCUAAGACUUUGCUUAUAAUGCUGAAGUUCUAUUUGUUGAAAUACGACAGUGCAUCUUUAUUCAAUGAGGAGCAUUUAGUGUUUGUGUAGAUGAUAUUUAUGAUGCUCCAUGCUAUGUGGCUUCUCUCCUCCUGUUUGUUAUUUUUGCACACGUUGCUUUCUCCUGGCAUGUUGUUCAGAUUCUGACUCCGCAGUCUGUCCACUUUGUUUUAUAGGUUCUGUCUGUUCUGUGCUUGUGGCGUUGCACUUGUUGUUACAUUUAUGCCAGAAUGAAGCUGAAGCUCAUUCACUGCUGCGUACCCACUUUCACAAAUUCCUCACAGGAACGUUGGUUCUCGGCGCACAUGGCCUUAAACAUGCAGUAUCGGAACUCAGUUUGUUUUACAUUGGUAUUUUGGUUACAAGGUCGGCCUAUGUUUCACAUGAAGAGAGGAAUUAUCUGCUGUUGAUGCUUGAGUUCAUCACUCUGAAUAUCUAAUAGCUUUAAGAUCACUAAAAUUGAAUAGGUUGUAGCAAACUGGAAAAGCUGCAGAGCUCCAGCCCACAGCAGCAACAUACACUCAUCACCUCACACACAUGGACAACUUGGAAAAAGUACAAUUUAAUUUUUUUUUUCUUGAGAUAAACAAGUUUUUCUUCUACGUCUUUGUUCUGCAAGUAAAUGCAAAUUACUUCUAUCUUGGCUACUUGUGAACAAAAUAAAAAUGAUUAUAAAGUC